AUGCGUCUUUCCUCGACUUUCGUUGUCGCCGUCCUUGCCACGUGCACUGCUGCCUCCCCAAUUACUCGUCGUGGCGACUACGAUGGUCCUCACGCCGCUGUCCCUGAGUUCGUCUAUCCUGGCUUCCCCGGCUUCCCUGGUGGCCAUGGCGGCCAUGGGGGUCCCGGUUUCCCCGGUGGUCCGGGUGGCCCUGGCAAUGGUGGCCCUGGCAAUGGUGGUCCUGGCAACGGUGGUCCGGGUAACGGCGGUCCUGGCAAUGGUGGACCUGGAAAUGGCGGACCGGGCAACGGCGGCCCUGGAAAUGGUGGACCGGGCAACGGCGGCCCUGGAAAUGGCGGUCCUGGCAAUGGUGGACCUGGAAAUGGUGGACCGGGCAACGGUGGACCGGGCAACGGCGGCCCUGGAAAUGGUGGACCGGGCAACGGCGGCCCUGGAAAUGGUGGACCGGGCAACGGUGGACCGGGCAACGGCGGCCCUGGAAAUGGUGGUCCUGGCAACGGUGGGCCUGGCAACGGUGGCGGUGUUGGCAACCCCGCCAACUGCGGUGUUUCCCCUGGCCAGAUCUCUGCUCUCACACCACUCCUUACGCGCCUCGGUCUCGAUACCACUGUCGAUGGUGUCAAGAAGCUCGUUGUCCAUCUGACCGAUGCUGUUGGCGAUCUGGUGAAUAGUCCCGCCAUCAACGGCCCGGAGGGUGUCAGUGGCAUUGUCAACAACCUCGUCAACGGCCUCCUCGGCUCACCCCUUGAUCUGUCAAAUACGCUCACUGCUGUUAACAGCAUCCUCCACAACCAGGUUCCAUGCCUGCUCGACACCCUCCUCCCUAAGCCCUAGAGUGGAAGAGGGAGGCUCCUAUAGUGGCCAAACCGGAUACCUUGGCUCAAUAUAAGGACUAGCACUGUUUAUCUUCAAUAAUACUCAUUUACCAUUCGAUUAAGUAGUGCUGCACGCCCGCUGCGGCUGUCCCUGACGUAGUCAUGUCGGCCGAAUCAGGUGACAGCAAGCCAGGCGCCAACGAGAGCCCCGCUACAGCCUACGAUAUGGAGGUAGAGUCUAGCCUCUGAUAAGUUGCACAGACGACCGUAUUGAAAACUCCCCUGCGCAGCUCGUCUAUUCCCUUUUCUCUCUUAAAAUCCCCACACAUUCAACAAACAUAACAGUAGUAUGCACGCAUGAAUCAUGGGGUUUGUUCGUGC